UCAAAUUCUCAUACCCUAAUCAUGCCACCAAGGAGCACCUGCCGGAACCUAUUUGGGAAGAGAUAUCAUGAGAGAUUCGUCGACGUCAGCAAAUAAAUGCAGAGAUUGAUGAUAGAACCCGAGGAGAGAUUAUUCUCAAUCGCGAUAUGGAAAGGGAUGGGCAUCUGAGUCCCUUCCAUAGGGAGGACUUCAGUGAUAAGGAAGACGGAUCACGACACUUUGGAAUUCAUCAUCAGAGGAGGUCAUGAGAGGAGGCAACAUAUGGAGAACGCAAAUAUUUCAUAAUAAAAGUGGAUCUAUCGGAGUUCGAUGGAGGACCUUGGAAUUGCACGGAUCUCAAAAAGCCUUCUUGAAGUCGGGAAGAGGGAGUCCAAGCAAUUGAAAAUCCAUUCGAGUUUCAAGGCAAAGAAGUUGCUUGAGACUUCAGAGUUGAGGCGGUCAUCAAGAAAGCUAAAGGAAGCCCCAUCAUAUUGUAAUGAUGUUGUGAAUUCUGGUAAAAGGAGAAUAAAUUGUCGCAGGAGUUGUAAGAGCGAAACCGUUAGAAGAGAAUAUACUGGAAGAAUAGCUUCUCAUGAAGAAAAAGUUCUUGCCCUGAAGAGAGGUGAGAUGCUUCUAACCCAGGUGUCAUCCGAUCACCCCUCUUUUGUUAAAUCAAUGCUUCGCUCGCAUGUGUCCAGUUGUUUUUGGCUUGGCCUACCGACAAAGUUUUGCAGGGAUCAUCUUCCUCUUUGUGAGACAAAAAUGAUUUUAGAAGAUGAGGAGGGCGAAGAACAUGAAGCCGUCUAUAUUGGCAGGCGCACUGGACUUAGUGGUGGGUGGAGAAGCUUUGCAGUGGACCAUAAAUUGGAAGAUGGAGAUGCCUUAGUGUUCAAGUUGAUUGAAUUAACCAGAUUUAAGAUAUACAUUGUAAAAGCUAUUGUGGGAUCAACUCAAGCUAAAGAUAGAAAAGCCCUUUCUAUAGAGUCAAAAGAAACAGAGGAUUCAUCUUGUGAGAAUCAAUCAUCACACAUUACAAUUCAAGCUCCAAUGAGUAAACCAGAAGAUCUACCCAGAAAUGCAAGGAAGCGAAAGCAAAGCAAACCUAGGCCUGCUAACUGAGCCAAAGCGUAAGGCCAUGGCAUCUUUCUCAUGACCUCAAACUUAGAGAUAUGGUUGUAAAUUUUAGGAAUUUUUGAUAGUCAAUCUUGUAGAACCUCACAUAGCACUGACCUGUAGUUUUUGUCUUUGUUGGCCCCUCCAAAUCAAAGUAAUUAUGUGGGGUGGUAGAAAAUUAUUAUCCUCAAUGCCUAUGUCAGCUGCUGCUUCUAUUUUGAAAUCUAGCUUGAUAUUUGGCACUAUUGCAACAUGUUUUAAUAUAUGGAAAUUUACAUACAUGCCACGCUAUUCUUAUGUAUUUACAUG